GUUUAGGAUUGGGUAUUUCGCCGGUCGUUCAAACAUUUUGUUCUGCCUCUGAAUUUAGUGUUAGUAUCGCUGUUUCACCUGGACGGUCGCUGGUUUGUUAACCGGGAGAAGAUCUCUAGGAAAAAAUGGGAGCCAGAGAUGACGAAUACGAUUAUUUAUUCAAAGUUGUUCUGAUCGGAGACUCUGGAGUGGGUAAGAGUAACCUGCUGUCUCGUUUUACUCGUAAUGAAUUUAACUUGGAGAGUAAAAGUACCAUUGGAGUGGAAUUUGCCACCAGGAGCAUCCAGGUUGAUGGCAAGACUAUAAAGGCUCAGAUCUGGGACACAGCUGGACAGGAGAGAUACAGAGCCAUCACAUCUGCUUAUUAUCGCGGUGCUGUAGGUGCUCUUCUGGUUUAUGACAUUGCUAAACAUCUGACCUAUGAGAAUGUAGAGCGUUGGCUUAAGGAGUUAAGAGACCAUGCAGACAACAACAUUGUAAUAAUGCUGGUUGGGAACAAGAGUGAUCUGCGUCAUCUCCGAGCAGUUCCCACAGAUGAGGCAAGGGCAUUUGCAGAAAAGAACAAUCUGUCAUUCAUAGAAACCUCUGCGCUUGAUUCAACAAAUGUGGAGGAAGCCUUCAAGAACAUCCUAACAGAAAUCUACCGCAUAGUAUCACAGAAACAGAUUGCAGAUAGGUCAGCUCACGAUGAGUCUCCUGGUAACAAUGUGGUUGAUAUCAGUGUCCCUCCAACCACGGAUGGACAGAAAUCCAGCAAACUGCAGUGCUGUCAGAACCUGUGAUCUGGACCUGACGUAGUCUGAGCUUUUGCUGAAGAAUCCCUUCCCAAAAAUGAUCCUUUUUUAACCAUUCACUUUCCCUUCCUUUCGGUUAACCAGAGGUUGAAGCCAGGCAUCCAGCUGCAAUGUUUAGAAUCCACUCAGUUCAUUGCUGGAUUAUCUCAUGCAACCGAGUGAUGCUCACUGCAAGGAAUCUUGCUUGUUUCAAGGACCCUAUUUCAUUGGAGGGCUGUCUGAUAUAGGAGCUUUUUCACUCCUUUUAAGCAAGCCGGGGACUGCUCCAUAGUGUCUAUAGCACAGUCAUUGUUAGGUUGUCUUUCUCACUGGCUUUUUAUCCAGUUCCAAAUGUCUCCCUAAGGCGAUCUCUCAUUUGAAAAAAUUACAGACCAUUUUAUCUUUUUUUUUAUUUUCACUGCUUAGUAGUCGUUAAGGGUGUCCCUUUACUCAGUAGCAUUUCACCCUACUUCCCAAUUGUGUUGUUUUGUCUAGUGCUCUGGAAGUGCGCUGUCUCUCUUACCAGUUCUCCCUAGCAUGUACAUUUGCUAUUGUUUGCAAAUUUAGAUACAGACUGUUGGCUCAGAAAAAAUACCCUUGUCUUAUUGAUUGAGAUCAUACCUGAGGCCUUCUCUAAUAUCAGUUUUGAAAUAACAGCUGCAUUGUGUUAACUGCUGCACAUUGGCCUUUUGGUAAGAGUUGGAUAUGUACAAAACAGUGUAAACAAUAUUAACAGAUUAGGAAGUGACGUACCAGCACCAUGCAUUUGAUUUAAAAAAAAAAAAAAAAAA